AAUGGAAUCCUACUUGGAGGCUUUAGACCUCUGGGAAGCUGUGGAAGAAGAUUAUGAAAUUGCUUCGUUACCAAACAAUCCCCUCGUGGCCCAGAUGAAAAAUCACAAGGAAAGAAAAACCAAGAAGGCAAAGGUUUGGCUUGCUUGUUUGCUGGUGUCUCAAAAACGAUUUUCACCAGAAUCAUGACCCUCCAAACAUCAAGUGAAAUCUGGAAUUAUCUUAAGGAAGAGUAUGCAGGAGAUGCCCGAAUACGAAGCAUGCAAGUGUUGAACUUAAUACGUGAGUUUGAGCUACAAAGAAUGAAGGAGUCCGAGACAGCCAAACAAUAUGCUGACAAAUUUCUUGGCAUUGCCAACAAGAACACAAAGGAUCCGUCACAGAUCACCUUGGUAGAAGUUUUACAUGCCCUACAAGCACAAGAACAAAGAAGAAUGAUGAGACAAGAGGUGGCAGCAGAGGAUGCUUUUCUGGCAAACAACUCGCAAGGAGGAAUGGAUGAGAAGUAUAACAAAAGGAAAAAGUACAACAAACCUGGAAGUUCCAACAUACAACAGAAUGAGUCUUUUCCACCUUGCACAUAUUGCAAAAAGACAAACCAUUCUCCAAGCAGAUGUUGGUGGAGGCCUGACAUCAAGUGCAAAAGGUGUGGCAAUCUUGGACAUGUAGAGCGUAUCUACAAGUCUUCAAUCGAGGCAAAAGUUUCUAUGGAGCAACAAGAAGAUGAGAAACUCUUUGCAGCAACAUGCUUUGCAACAAGCAACAGUUCUAGUGAUUUGUGGUUAAUAGACAGUGCCUGCUCAAAUCAUAUGACUCCUGAUGAAACUCUUUUUAAAGAGCUUGACAAAACCUAAAAGUUAGAAAUGAUGUUUUUAUCCCAGCCAAAGGAAAAGGAACAGACGCUAUUGAAAGCAUAGCAGGAUUAAAAUAUAUUUCUGAUGUCUUAUAUGUACCUAACAUUGACCAGAAUUUACUUAGUGUUGCACAGAUGGCUGGCAAUGGCUUCAAAGUUAUAUUUGAAGGCAAAUGGUGUCUGAUUCAGGAUGCCAAAGGCAAUGAUUUAUUUAAAGUGAAAAUGAGGGCUAGAACUUAUACUCUAAAUCUGAUGGAGUAAGAGCAAAUAGCUUUUUCAAGUACCUGCAACAACAUCUAAUUAUGGCAUAAAAGGCUCGGACAUUUCCAUCUUGCUGGACUUCAAUACAUGCAGAAACAUGCUUUGGUGAAAGCUGUACCACGACUUGAAGACAAACUUGAUGAUUGUGUAGCUUGUCAAUAUGGCAAGCAAGUCAGAACACCAUUUCCGCAAACAGCAUGGAGAGCAACGCAAAAAUUGCAGCUUGUGCAUACGGAUGUUGGAGGACCUCAGGGAACACCAUCUUUAAA